GAAGAAGAAGAAGAAGCUGAAGCUGAAGUUUGGGAGAUCCUUCGUGUUGCAUUUGCACUUCAAAUACGCACUCCGGAGUCCAUGCACUUAACUUUGGGACACACCUUUAAAGACUUCGUUUGGAACGUCUCUACAAAUUAAGUGUCCUUCAAGGACGCAAAACCGUUUUGAAUCCGCCCUAUAUUGGGUUUAAGAAUCGCGGAAUCGUCGUUUUUAAGGUGGAGCGGAUAACAGUUAGCGUCAGUAAGAAGCUGGAUCCAGCCGCGAUUAGUUUAGAUGUAGGACGAGUCGACUGAUCUGCGGGAGGACAAGCGUAACUUAGCUGGUUCUGGUUUGAAAGCAGCGGCUGGAUCUGUAAUUCUGUACGUGAAUUUCGCUGUGGGUUAUUGUGUUAAUAACGUUCCUGUAAAUUACCGCCGGAAGUUGCAGUCAAAGUCAAUAGGAGGUAGCUACAUUUAUGUCAAGUCCAAAUUGUUAACAUUUGAAUCGGAACCUAUGAAAUGCAACUUAAUCUGUCAUUUUUAUAUUAGAAGUGAAGCAGUCUAAUCAAAGUCCAUCGUAAAUAGCCGCGGCGUGUGCGUGUAUCGUUCAUUGUGUGUUUUAUUUAUUUAUUUAUGACCGUUAACGUUAGUUAUAUUUAUUUGCAGUUCUGAAAUGUAUUUCCACAUUUUAUGUGUAUAGGGUUUGGGCGUCGUGACGCAUAUGCGUUAUAACUUCGAAGCAUGUGCUCAGCCCGAUCGUCUCAGAAUGUUCCCCUGAUCAUUUCGGGUGAAACAAAUUAAAAUCGCAAUAUUAUUUUGUUGUUUUUUUGUUAUUUUGAAACACGAAUUACUCUGUAGCUUUCACAAACUUUGACUGCAGUUAUGAACAGCUUGAGAAUAAUUGCGAUUCAGUUUUAGUUUCGUUUUGGUUGCAUUCAGUGUUCCUCGAGAAACCCGGAUGGAAUUGAGUUUCAUCCGGGUUAAAAUUAUUCGCCUUCAAAGUCUGAAUGAGAGUAUGAAAUCAGAAGAAAAAAAUCCGUCAGCCUGGAUUUACUAGAGGUGUGAAUGUUUGAAAUGCCUGCAGUAUGGCAUCCGCACAUCAAUCUGCUACAGAGUACCUCAGAAACGCCAGGAAAGACCUGGUGACUCGUAUGAAAAACCUUCCUCUGAUCAUUGAGAAUCUUUAUCAGAAGAAGGUUUUCAAUCACGAUGAGGUUGAUGCUCUCAAAGCUGAGAGGACAGAGUUUGAUCAAGCCAGGUGUGUAUUGGAUUGGGUCGUUAACAAAGGUGAUGAGGCCAGUUAUGAAUUUCUCCAGAUUCUGGAUGUCACUAAGAAGAGGACACUGGAUCCUGGUUUACACUUCUGGAUCAGCUGUUCUCCCUUCAGAGAUGAAGACGCAGAGCCCAGCUGUUUAUUUGGUACAAAGCCCUGUCAAAUCUACCAGACACAGCUCAGGGUGAAAGCAAAAAGUAUCCUGAAGGACCAAAGCAAAUAUCUGGGUGACAAGGUGCAAGGAAACUUCAGUUUUACACCUCUUGUUAUAAAGACUGACUCUGUCAUACACACACAAUACAAAAUAAAACUGAAAAACAAAAAAUUUAAAAAACUACGGCCCAAGAAGCUGAGAGUUUACAAUCCUAACGAGGGACAAGCGUUAUCACCUGAGGACCUCCUGAGAUGGCCGGACAAGAACAUCCUCAUCAUCGGCAAACCUGGAGUAGGAAAGACUUCAGUUGUCCAGGAAAUGCUGCGUCUUUGGGCAGAGAAGGGUGGCAGACAGAUAGACUACAUGUUUUACUUUGAUCAGAGUGUUUUAGCCCACAGUAGUGUUGCCAGCUUGGAAUCUCUCUUGUUUGAGGUCUAUUCAAAACCAAUAGAAGAAGACAAAAAAGACAUAUUUCAAGAUAUUGAGGAAAACUCUGAGAAUGUUGUCGUUGUGUUUGAUGGUGUGACUAUUUUUGAAGAAAAAUCCAUCUUAUGGAAGAUAAUGACGCACGAGCUCCUGCCAGAUGCCAAGAUUGUGAUCACAUGCAGAUCAGAGCAGGAAGAUGAUCCACUGUUCUCUGACUGGCCGACACGGACCGUGUAUGUACAAGGAUUCAGUGAAGAGUCUGUCAGAACUUACUAUCAGAAGAUGUUGGGUCGUGAUCCUGUUCUUCUAGAAGCUGUUUUGAAGAAUCAAGAGCUGUUCAGUCUUAGCCAUGUGCCAAUGUAUGCAUCUCUGAUUGUAGACUUCAUUAAGUUUAAAAAUGUCACUGAAUGCAACCAUCAUCACACAGUCACUGAAAUCUACAUCCACAUUUUCCGUCUUGCUGUGAAGAAACAUGGAAAUAAACAAAAUAAGCAAAUUGAUAAGUACCUAAAAGAGAAGAAGGAUCAGAUUCAUAGAUUGAUGGAAAACGCUUUCGAUGGCACUAUGCAGAAGUGCCUGAACCUUCCAGAUUUUAGCAGUGAUGAGGCGGACAUUUGUCAUGCUUUUCUGAAAAUUAUUACAACAACAGACUCGCCAACAUCUGCAACUACACACUGUGCGUUUCUCCACAACACCAUGCAGGAAUUCUUCUCGGGUUUGUGGCUUCUUGGACAUCCAGAUGAAAUUGAGAAAGUCCUACAGCUCUGUCAGACUGAGGAGCAUAAACACAUGAGACAUGUUCUUCCUUUCUUAUGUGGACUUCUGAGUGAACACAACACCAGACUCCUCAAGUGUCUCUUCCCAGAAGAUCAGAUACAGAAAACAUCUGAUUGGCUGAUUGAGAAGCUUGUGGACACGCUUCUUCAACCUCAGAGUGAAGAGUUUGAUCUUCUCUAUGUGUGUCAGUGCUUGUAUGAGCUCCAGUCUCCUAAAGCCUGCUUCAUGUUCCUGGAGAAGAUGAACCAUCAGAUUGAACCAGAAGUGGAUCUCGAUCCUCAUCAGAGUUGUGCUCUCUCUUACGUGAUCGGUCAGUCCAGAGAUAAAGAGGUUUAUCUGAAUCUGGACGACUGUGACGUGACUGAUGUAGGGAUGAUCAUGCUGCUCAGCUGCUCACCAAACAUCAGGUUAAAGACUUGUAAAGAACUGCUGAAGCAAAUCACGUUCUUUGUAGAAUUUUUCCAUAAAACAUCUCACUGCGAAUGCAAACUUCUUGAGGUGAGAGGACGAUACAACUCAGAAAAAUGCAAUGCUUUGCUGGAUCUGUGCUCUCAUGUGAAGAACUAUGAGACUCAAACAGGCAGGAGUUUUCUUCCAGCAUUACAGUCAUUUUUCCAGUUACCUGAUGAUGUCAGGUUCAUAGAUCUCUCAAAGAGAAAGAGCUCUGUCCUCCUGGAAGUGCUGAAGCUCCAGACAGAGAAGAAACCAGUGAAGCUGAUAUGUUCAGAGGAAGAGAGUGACGUAAAGAGUUUCCUUCAGUGUCUGCAGCACAUCUCGGAGCUGAGUUUCUCUAAUCUGAGUGAAAGCAGAUUUUUUCUGAGUCUCUUCAUGAAAGCAGCAGAGAUUGAGACACAGACAGGAGAACAGAUGCUGGAACAGUUAGCAUCAGUCUGUUCUCCUGGUUAUGGAUGGACUGACAUAUUUUAUGAUUAUGAUUUCCUGCUGGAUCUGUGCUCUCGUGUGAAGAAAUAUGAGACUCAAACAGGCAGGAGUUUUCUUCCAGGAUUACAGUCAGUUUUCCAGUCACCUGAUGAAUGGAUCAUAGAUCUCUCAGAGAGAAAGAGCUCCGUCCUCCUGGAAGUGCUGAAGCUCCAGACAGAGAAGAAACCAGUGAAGCUGAGAAGAUGUUCAGAGGAAGAGAGAGACGUGAUGAGUUUCCUUCAGUGUCUGAAACACAUCUCACGACUGAGGUUCUGGUUCAGUGAUAAUAAAGAAGCAAGGAUGUCUGGAGUCAUAUUCCUGCUGAAGCUCUGUGUUGCUGCAGUAGAAACUGACAGAGAUACAGGAACACGAUUCUCCUCUCUGCUGUCAUCUGUGUGCAGCUACAAAACCUUCCCUUUUGAUAAAGAGAGAGAUGGUUAUGAUGCUGAGGUUCAGAGUGAUUUCCUGCUGGAUCUAUGCUCUCGUGUGAAGAACUAUGAGACUCAAACAGGCAGGAGUUUUCUUCCAGCAUUACAGUCAGUUUUCCAGUCACCUGACGUCUGGAUCAUCGAUCUCUCAAAGAGAAGGAUCUCCGUCCUCCUGGAAGUGCUGAAGCUCCAGACAGAGAAGAAACCAGUCGAGCUGAUGGGAUGUUCAGAGGAAGAGAGAGACCUGAUGAGUUUCCUUCAGUGUCUGCAGCACAUCUCACAGCUGAGGUUCUGGAACAUUUCUAAUAAAGAAGCAAGGAUGUCUGGAGUCAUAUUCCUGCUGAAGCUCUGUGUUGCUGCAGUAGAAACUGACAGAGAUACAGGAACAAGAUUCUCCUCUCUGCUGUCAUCUGUGUGCAGCUACAAAACCUUCCCUUUUGAUGAAGAGAGCGCUUAUCAGAGUGAUUUCCUGCUGGAUCUGUUCUCUCGUGUGAAGAACUAUGAGACUCAAACAGGCAGGAGUUUUCUUCCAGCAUUACAGUCAGUUUUCCAGUCACCUGAUGUCUGGAUCUUAGAUCUCUCAGAGAGAAAGAUCUCCGUCCUCCUGGAAGUGCUGAAGCUCCAGACAGAGAAGAAACCAGUCGAGCUGAUGGGAUGUUCAGAGGAAGAGAGAGACCUGAUGAGUUUCCUUCAGUGUCUGCAGCACAUCUCACAGCUGAGGUUCUGGAACAUUUCUAAUAAAGAAGCAAGGAUGUCUGGAGUCAUAUUCCUGCUGAAGCUCUGUGUUGCUGCAGUAGAAACUGACAGAUAUACAGGAACAAGAUUCUCCUCUCUGCUGUCAUCUGUGUGCAGCUACAAAACCUUCCCUUUUGAUAAAGAGAGCGCUUAUCAGAGUGAUUUCCUGCUGGAUCUGUUCUCUCUUGUGAAGAACUAUGAGACUCAAACAGGCAGGAGUUUUCUUCCAGCAUUACACUCAGUUUUCCAGUCACCUGAUGUCUGGAUCAUAGAUCUCUCAGAGAGAAAGAUCUCCGUCCUCCUGGAAGUGCUGAAGCUCCAGACAGAGAAGAAACCAGUGAAGCUGAGAAGAUGUUCAGAGGAAGAGAGAGACGUGAUGAGUUUCCUUCAGUGUGUGCAGCACAUCUCACAGCUGAGGUUCUGGAACAUUUCUAAUAAAGAAGCAAGGAUGUCUGGAGUCAUAUUCCUGCUGAAGCUCUGUGUUGCUGCAGUAGAAACUGACAGAGAUACAGGAACAAGAUUCUCCUCUCUGCUGUCAUCUGUGUGCAGCUACAAAACCUUCCCUUUUGAUAAAGAUAUUUAUCAUCAUUUUCAUCAUUAUCAGAGUGAUUUCCUGCUGGAUCUGUUCUCUCUUGUGAAGAACUAUGAGACUCAAACAGGCAGGAGUUUUCUUCCAGCAUUACAGUCAGUUUUCCAGUCACCUGAUGUCUGGAUCAUAGAUCUCUCAGAGAGAAAGAUCUCCGUCCUCCUGGAAGUGCUGAAGCUCCAGACAGAGAAGAAAACAGUCGAGCUGAUGGGAUGUUCAGAGGAAGAGAGAGACCUGAUGAGUUUCCUUCAGUGUCUGCAGCACAUCUCACAGCUGAGGUUCUGGUUCAGUGAUGAUGAAGAAGCAAGGAUGUCUGGAGUCAGAUUCCUGCUGAAGCUCUGUGUUGCUGCAGUAGAAACUGACAGAUAUACAGGAACAAGAUUCUCCUCUCUGCUGUCAUCUGUGUGCAGCUACAAAACCUUCCCUUUUGAUAAAGAGAGCGCUUAUCAGAGUGAUUUCCUGCUGGAUCUGUUCUCUCGUGUGAAGAACUAUGAGACUCAAACAGGCAGGAGUUUUCUUCCAGCAUUACAGUCAGUUUUCCAGUCACCUGAUGUCUGGAUCAUAGAUCUCUCAGAGAGAAAGAUCUCCGUCCUCCUGGAAGUGCUGAAGCUCCAGACAGAGAAGAAACCAGUGAAGCUGAGAAGAUGUUCAGAGGAAGAGAGAGACGUGAUGAGUUUCCUUCAGUGUGUGCAGCACAUCUCACAGCUGAGGUUCUGGUUCAGUGAUGAUGAAGAAGCAAGGAUGUCUGGAGUCAGAUUCCUGCUGAAGCUCUGUGUUGCUGCAGUAGAAACUGACAGAGAUACAGGAACAAGAUUCUCCUCUCUGCUGUCAUCUGUGUGCAGCUACAAAACCUUCCCUUUUGAUAAAGAGAGAGAUGGUUAUGAUGCUGAGGUUCAGAGUGAUUUCCUGCUGGAUCUCUGCUCUCGUGUGAAGAACUAUGAGACUCAAACAGGCAGGAGUUUUCUUCCAGCAUUACAGUCAGUUUUCCAGUCACCUGAUGUCUGGAUCAUAGAUCUCUCAGAGAGAAAGAUCUCCGUCCUCCUGGAAGUGCUGAAGCUCCAGACAGAGAAGAAACCAGUCGAGCUGAUGGGAUGUUCAGAGGAAGAGAGAGACCUGAUGAGUUUCCUUCAGUGUCUGCAGCACAUCUCACAGCUGAGGUUCUGGAACAUUUCUAAUAAAGAAGCAAGGAUGUCUGGAGUCAUAUUCCUGCUGAAGCUCUGUGUUGCUGCAGUAGAAACUGACAGAGAUACAGGAACACGAUUCUCCUCUCUGCUGUCAUCUGUGUGCAGCUACAAAACCUUCCCUUUUGAUAAAGAGAGCGCUUAUCAGAGUGAUUUCCUGCUGGAUCUGUUCUCUCGUGUGAAGAACUAUGAGACUCAAACUGGCAGGAGUUUUCUUCCAGCAUUACAGUCAGUUUUCCAGUCACCUGAUGUCUGGAUCAUAGAUCUCUCAGAGAGAAAGAUCUCCGUCCUCCUGGAAGUGCUGAAGCUCCAGACAGAGAAGAAACCAGUCGAGCUGAGAAGAUGUUCAGAGGAAGAGAGAGACCUGAUGAGUUUCCUUCAGUGUCUGCAGCACAUCUCACAGCUGAGGUUCUGGUUCAGUGAUGAUGAAGAAGCAAGGAUGUCUGGAGUCAGAUUCCUGCUGAAGCUCUGUGUUGCUGCAGUAGAAACUGACAGAGAUACAGGAACAAGAUUCUCCUCUCUGCUGUCAUCUGUGUGCAGCUACAAAACCUUCCCUUUUGAUGAAGAGAGCGCUUAUCAGAGUGAUUUCCUGCUGGAUCUGUUCUCUCGUGUGAAGAACUAUGAGACUCAAACAGGCAGGAGUUUUCUUCCAGCAUUACAGUCAGUUUUCCAGUCACCUGAUGUCUGGAUCAUAGAUCUCUCAGAGAGAAAGAUCUCCGUCCUCCUGGAAGUGCUGAAGCUCCAGACAGAGAAGAAACCAGUCGAGCUGAGAAGAUGUUCAGAGGAAGAGAGAGACGUGAUGAGUUUCCUUCAGUGUCUGCAGCACAUCUCACAGCUGAGGUUCUGGUUCAGUGAUGAUGAAGAAGCAAGGAUGUCUGGAGUCAGAUUCCUGCUGAAGCUCUGUGUUGCUGCAGUAGAAACUGACAGAGAUACAGGAACACGAUUCUCCUCUCUGCUGUCAUCUGUGUGCAGCUACAAAACCUUCCCUUUUGAUAAAGAGAGCGCUUAUCAGAGUGAUUUCCUGCUGGAUCUGUUCUCUCGUGUGAAGAACUAUGAGACUCAAACAGGCAGGAGUUUUCUUCCAGCAUUACAGUCAGUUUUCCAGUCACCUGAUGUCUGGAUCAUAGAUCUCUCAGAGAGAAAGAUCUCCGUCCUCCUGGAAGUGCUGAAGCUCCAGACAGAGAAGAAACCAGUCGAGCUGAUGGGAUGUUCAGAGGAAGAGAGAGACCUGAUGAGUUUCCUUCAGUGUGUGCAGCACAUCUCACAGCUGAGGUUCUGGAACAUUUCUAAUAAAGAAGCAAGGAUGUCUGGAGUCAUAUUCCUGCUGAAUCUCUGUGUUGCUGCAGUAGAAACUGACAGAGAUACAGGAACACGAUUCUCCUCUCUGCUGUCAUCUGUGUGCAGCUACAAAACCUUCCCUUUUGAUAAAGAGAUUGGUGAUUAUGAUGCUGAGGUUCAGAGUGAUUUCCUGCUGGAUCUCUGCUCUCGUGUGAAGAACUAUGAGACUCAAACAGGCAGGAGUUUUCUUCCAGCAUUACAGUCAGUUUUCCAGUCACCUGAUGUCUGGAUCAUAGAUCUCUCAGAGAGAAAGAUCUCCGUCCUCCUGGAAGUGCUGAAGCUCCAGACAGAGAAGAAACCAGUCGAGCUGAUGGGAUGUUCAGAGGAAGAGAGAGACCUGAUGAGUUUCCUUCAGUGUCUGCAGCACAUCUCACAGCUGAGGUUCUGGAACAUUUCUAAUAAAGAAGCAAGGAUGUCUGGAGUCAUAUUCCUGCUGAAUCUCUGUGUUGCUGCAGUAGAAACUGACAGAGAUACAGGAACACGAUUCUCCUCUCUGCUGUCAUCUGUGUGCAGCUACAAAACCUUCCCUUUUGAUAAAGAGAUUGGUGAUUAUGAUGAUGAGGUUCAGAGUGAUUUCCUGCUGGAUCUAUGCUCUCUUGUGAAGAACUAUGAGACUCAAACAGGCAGGAGUUUUCUUCCAGCAUUACAGUCAGUUUUCCAGUCACCUGAUGUCUGGAUCUUAGAUCUCUCAAAGAGAAGGAUCUCCGUCCUCCUGGAAGUGCUGAAGCUCCAGACAGAGAAGAAACCAGUCGAGCUGAGAAGAUGUUCAGAGGAAGAGAGAGACCUGAUGAGUUUCCUUCAGUGUCUGCAGCACAUCUCACAGCUGAGGUUCUGGUUCAGUGAUAAUAAAGAAGCAAGGAUGUCUGGAGUCAUAUUCCUGCUGAAGCUCUGUGUUGCUGCAGUAGAAACUGACAGAGAUACAGGAACACGAUUCUCCUCUCUGCUGUCAUCUGUGUGCAGCUACAAAACCUUCCCUUUUGAUAAAGAGAGAGAUGGUUAUGAUGCUGAGGUUCAGAGUGAUUUCCUGCUGGAUCUCUGCUCUUGUGUGAAGAACAAUGAGACUCAAACAGGCAGGAGUUUUCUUCCAGCAUUACAGUCAGUUUUCCAGUCACCUGAUGAAUGGAUCAUAGAUCUCUCAGAGAGAAAGAGCUCCGUCCUCCUGGAAGUGCUGAAGCUCCAGACAGAGAAGAAACCAGUGAAGCUGAGAAGAUGUUCAGAGGAAGAGAGAGACGUGAUGAGUUUCCUUCAGUGUCUGAAACACAUCUCACGACUGAGGUUCUGGUUCAUUGAUAAAGAAGCAAGGAUGUCUGGAGUCAGAUUCCUGCUGAAUCUCUGUGUUGCUGCAGUAGAAACUGACAGAGAUACAGGACCAAGAUUCUCCUCUCUGCUGUCAUCUGUGUGCAGCUACAAAACCUUCCCUUUUGAUGAAGAGAGCGAUGAUCAGCGUGAUUUCCUGCUGGAUCUGUUCUCUCUUGUGAAGAACUAUGAGACUCAAACAGGCAGGAGUUUUCUUCCAGCAUUACAGUCAGUUUUCCAGUCACCUGAUGUCUGGAUCAUCGAUCUCUCAGAGAGAAAGAUCUCCGUCCUCCUGGAAGUGCUGAAGCUCCAGACAGAGAAGAAACCAGUGAAGCUGAGAAGAUGUUCAGAGGAAGAGAGAGACGUGAUGAGUUUCCUUCAGUGUCUGAAGCACAUCUCACAGCUGAGACUGUCCAAAGAGACUGCCCAGAAGCUUGUUGAAUGUGUCUAUGAAGCUCAAGAAGAAGAACUGACUCGAUGCUUCCUGCAGAAAGUGGACGGGGAUCUGACUUCCUGUUCCUUGAGCUGGGAAGAGCUUCAUUAUUUCCUGCAGCACAGCAUUCAACGAAUCACUCUGAACCUCAGAAAGAGCAACAUUCAAUGCAGAAUCAGUGAAAUUCUGCCAUUCCUGAACAGGAUUCAGUUUAAACGGAUGAGCUCUAGCUUCAUGCUGUGUGUGAUCAGAGAGGUCUAUGAGUCCGGCUCUGCCGGGUUUGUGUCCAGUCUGUUGAGUUCAGUGGAGAACUACAUUAACCUGCAGAGCAGAGAUCUGGACUCUGUUCACUGUGCGGCUCUGCGCUUCACACUGCAGCACUGCACUGCAGCUUCACUCAGUCUACAGUGGACCUCCGUACCAGAGGAAGAGCUGCAGAGCAUUCUGCCUCUCUUCACACACCUCUCCCACCUCAGUGUUGACAGGCUGCUGUUACUGAAGAUGCUUCACUGCUGCAGUGUGUCUGAUGUCCAGCAGGAAACAGCAGCUGUUCUGCUCUCUGUCCUUCAGCACAAGCUGGACUUCUCCUGUCGCUCUGCUCUGGAUCUGACAACAAACACAGACUCAGAGCCUCUACAUCUGACCGCUGACGACUGCCAUGUGACAUCCAGAGUCAUUCAGAGAGCUCAUUCAGACACAAAGACACGGCUGAUUCUGCAGGACUGUGAGAUUCAUACAGCUGGAAUGGAUCAGCUGUUCCCAGUGUUACACUCUGUUCAGCUCUGCUGUGAUAAACCUCUGCUGCUUCAGUUUCUGGCUCAUGUAAGGCCUGAGGAAGCCCCGUCUCUCUCUCAAGCUCUGGGUGAAGAGCUGGAUCUCAGUCAGACUCAGCUGGAUCCGCAGGUCUGUAGAGGUCUGGAGCUGAUUCUGGAGUAUUCUGAAGGACUGACAGAACUGGAUCUGAGUCAGUGCCGUCUCACCGAUCACAGUCUGGAUCUGCUGCUCCCAAACCUCCACAAAGCUCAAAUCAUUGAUUUCAGUGGCAAUAUCAUCACUGACGCUGGGGCUGAGAGAAUCUACAGGAUCGUCACUCACAACAGUAACAUAAAGACAGUAAGGCUCUUCAGCAACAGAAUUGAAUCCAGAGAGCUCUUCUGCUCAGACUCCCGAUUUGAGAUCUGGUGAUGCCAGUUAACUCUCUCUGGAAUCAGCAAACAGGUGGUAUCUCUUCUUCUACCACCACUGUGCAGCAUUCACCUGGAUGAUGCAACGGCAGCCAUAUUGCGCCAGAACGCCCACAACACACCAGCUUACUGGUGGAGAGGAGACAGAGUGAUGAAGCCAAUCAGCAGAUAUGGGGAUUGUUAGGAGGUCAUGAUGGUUUGAGGCCAAUGGUUGAAUUUGGACAGGAUGCCGAGGUCACACCUCUACUAAAUGUCCACUUUGUUCCAGUAGAGGGCAGCAACAAGAAAAUCAAGGUCCAAGAAAAUCCACGGCGGAGGUGACAAGGAGGCGAUAGACGUGAAAAUGACCAAAAUAAGAGCACUUAUACCUGAUCUUCUCCCCUUCAUCUUAAAGAAGAGAAACAUCAUUUGCAGCAGCCAGUGUUUUACUGUCUGAGCUCUAGUGUUUACUGCAAACACAAUUCAAGAGAGACUUUGUACUCAGGAAAUCACACUUACCUCAUACCUGUGACUGAAAUGUUUGGCUAAUUAGGAAGGAGGGUCAAAUCGGCUUUUGUUUUUACAGUAUUAAAUGUCAUGGUACUAAAGCAGUUAGGAUAUGUCACAGGGCUUGAAGCUUACUUUUUUUUCAGUAGGAGCAUAUGUGCUCCUAAGUUUAAAUUUUUUGGAGCACAUUAAAGAAUUUUAGGAGCGCAAUGAAAAUGUAUUAAAUAAUGUUUUCACUUAAUAAAGAGAUAUGAUGAG